CGAGCUCCCAUCACCAGGAUGCUUAAUCAUGAAUCAUCGAAUGAGAACGCCUGCCUUGGAAAUUAAGCCUUGGUCAAAUCUGUUUACCAUCGGCCCUUGAUGCUGAAGCUGGUUACGCGUUCUUGCCGGGCGGGUCGAAAGGCCAACGCAAGCUUCUUGCCGAUAGCUCAGUCCAAAUAUAAAACCCCGGCCUCACCAACAUCGAAGUCACGAUCUCUCUGAAUCUUACCACAACCAUGUCAGCACCCAAGAAAAUGACCUACGUUCGUUUGGGCUCUUCUGGGCUCAAAGUAUCCAAGAUAAUCUUGGGAUGCAUGUCCUACGGCGACCCCAAAUGGAUGGGGACUUGGGUGUUGCCAGAGGAGGAGGCUGAGAAACACAUCAAGGCGGCAUACGAUGCUGGAAUCAAUACUUUCGAUACAGCCAACGUGUACUCGAACGGUCUCUCGGAAGAGAUUCUUGGACGCGCGAUCAAGAAAUAUAACCUCCCGCGUGAUGAAAUCGUUGUCAUGACCAAAUUGUUCAGUCCUGUUGGAAAGAAUGGAGAAAUGACCUUCACAAUCCCCGACCCUGAUGCCGCAGGAUUCGUGAACCAGCAUGGGCUGAGCCGAAAGCACAUCUUCGACUCGGUCAAAGCUAGUUUGAAGAGAUUGGGGCUCGACUAUAUCGAUCUCUUCCAAUGCCAUCGCUUUGACCCUCAAACACCGAUCGCGGAGACUAUGCAAGCUCUCCAUGAUGUCGUGAAAGCUGGCUAUGUCCGAUACAUCGGCAUGUCUUCUUGCUACGCAUAUCAGUUCCAAGCAAUGCAGAAUUACGCGAUUAACAACAAUCUGACGCCCUUUAUCUCGAUGCAGAACCACUAUUCGCUGCUCUACCGCGAGGAGGAACGUGAGAUGAUGCCCACUCUCAAGCACUUCGGUGUCGGCUCCAUUCCAUGGUCUCCUCUAGCGCGUGGUGCUCUAACUCGUCCUCUUUCUUCUCAACAGACUGCCCGGGGCACGACUGAUCUAAUGAGUCCCGCACUGUACACCCAAUCAGCUGCGAAUCAGAACAUCGUCAAACGCGUCGAAGAGCUUGCCGCAAAGUACGAAUGCAGCAUGGCUCAAAUAGGGGUUGCAUGGGUUUUGAACAAAGAUCCGGUCUCGGCUCCCAUAAUCGGGACUACGUCGUUGAAGAAUCUGGAGGACAUCCUGGGUGCUGUAAAUCUCAAACUGACCGCUGAAGACGUUAAGUAUCUUGAGGAGCCUUAUAUGCCGAUGUCUGUGCUUGGACACUAUCUCAGGAUUGCCAAGCAUAAGAUGUAUCCUGUCAUCGAAAUCUCCGACUCUGAGGACGAGUAUCCACAUCCUCCGUCGUCCUCUCAACCUCCUACUACUGGUGACGUCGACUGCAUAGACAUAAGCAGCGAUAGCGACGAUGACCUUCCCGCGACCUUCCCCAUGCCAGUGGCCGGCAGCUCGAAGCGAAAAAGAACACCAGUCUCAUCACCUGAAAGAAGGUCUCUGCGCUCUGCUCCAUCAUCUACCUCCAGUGUCGAGUUCCAGAACGAACAGAGUGGUAGCGAAGACGACGAGGAAUCUCCUAGGAAGAAAGUGAAGAAGUCAACCACUGGAAAACAGCGUGCUUCACCGAAGAGUGCAUCGCAAAAGGAGGUUGAAAGGGAUCAUAAGAAACAGGCUGCCGAAGCCAAGAAGGCCCAAAAGACUGCAGAGAAGGCUGAAAAGGCCAAGAAACUUGCUGCAGAGAAGGCCACUAAGAAAACAUUCCAGUCUGCCAACAAACUAGUCAUCAACAAGAAGAACACACUCAAAAACAUGGAGCUUAUACUUUCCCCUUCAUUCCAGGGGACAGUACUGGCGGAUGCGCUCCGCACGAGAUUGGAAGAGUUCGACAUGACUGUCAGUUUUGCUGCGUCACGUAUCGUUCGAGGGCAUGACGUCUUCAAAUGGAGGCGCAUGACGACAGCAGAAUACGACGAAGAGGCCAGACAAUGGAUGCCCUCGCAAGAGUGCGUCAAGGAUGAGCGAACAUGUCUCAUCCACCUGAAGGCUGAUGAGCUGGUGCGCCACUUGAAGGAUGAGGACGGUGGGACAGGUGUAGUGAAGGAGGUUAGAGCUGUAUGUGGAAACAAAAGCCAAGUGUUUAUAAUGGUCGAUGGACUCAAGGCGUAUCUGAGGCGGAAGUCAGGAAUCCGGAUGACAAAACCUGAAAUCGAACGUUCACUUGCAGCACUGCAGAUGGCUGAGAACGUCCAUCUUUUGUAUGUCGACACCGUCUCGGAAGCUGUUGAACGAUUAUACGACCUGAGCGCAGAUUUGGGGAUCAAGCCUUACAAACUUAUAGAGCGUUCUCAUCUGCCGUUUUGCUCUGACACCCGCCAGGCUACAGGGACUAGUCUCUCUGAUACUUGGGAGAAGAUGCUCGCUCAAGUGCACAAAGUCACCCCUGCGGCGGCCAAGGGCAUCGCUGUUGACUUCCCGUCUGCGCAUAAGCUAUUCAGCAGUUACUCGACCGCUCAGAGCCAAAAGCAUAUAGAUUUGAUGGUUGCGGAAUCUCAUUCCACUUUUGUAACAUACGAGAUGCUUCCUGCUCGCGGAUAUGCUUUCAUCGGUCUCAACACCCUGCGCUUUCUCUCCAUCGUCACGUUACUCCUCGUGUUCGCCAGCAAUGUCGUCACCCUAGUGCACGAUCUCCAGGCUUUCAACCAGUUCCAAGCUGGUAAAAGCGUUUCUCAGAUCGGAUUUAACGCCACUGUUGAGGGUAUCCUGGAUGGCGACUACAUCCCAUCUAGCUCUAUUCCCAAUCAGCCUGCCGGUGUGUUCUGGGCGGUGCUCAAUCGCCUGCUCAUCGUCGCGCAAGUCACAUUCCUGUUGUUCUCCGAAUUUGGAUGGCCUUCGGCGCUCUUCAAUCGAUACUUCCCGGUUAUGGGAAAGAGUUUUGGGCUCGGGCCGUUGGGGGUUAUGCAAUGCCUUCUCGGUGCAGCAAUCUUGUCGCAUCGUGUCGACCAGUUUUCUCUCGUUUCUGCGUUUUUCAUGUUCUCGAUCGGCUGUCUCAAUAUCUUCUUUGGCCUGGUGUUUCGUGAAUCGGCCAGGGGCAAGCGGUCUUUCACGUCGUGGCGUGAACAUACCAAGGAUGCGUUGCCGACCCAUGUCGCCGGUAUCGACAUUCGCCCGGGAGCUCCGUUAACUCCUUCAUUCGCGUCAAAUUCGGCCAAGAGUGACGAGAAAGGGGACCAUGCGAGAAUGGGAUAUGGAUUCGGGGGUUUGCUCAUUACCAAACCCGUCGAGUCGUUGCCCCGCUACGCGCCUACUCGCCCUUCAAGCCAGCGUUGAUCUGGUGAACGAUAAUAUCUCUUAUCUAAUCUACAUGUCA